AUGGCCGAAGACGUUGGCGUGAUGCUGCAGAAAGGCUUGGCCGAAUGGUGGAACGAGGAGACGGAGUACAUCUUCCAAAGAAUAGAAAGAUGGGCCGCGUACGCCAGAGGUUACAAUCGUCUGAGGUCCCAGAGGUUAUCCAGGGGACGUAUGACGAUGCAAGGUGGACAGGAACCACGUUGGAGCAUCUCUUCGAACAAACUAAUCAUCGAUGAUUCCUCGUGGAGUCCUCGUUUCCACACCUUGAAGAAGUCCCGACGAAAGUCGCGGCCCGAAGAGACCAAGAUCAACUGCUGCGGCACCUUCAACUACCAGUCCAACAGCAAUCUGGACAGCAGCUGUCUGGAGACCUACAGAUACGACCACAGCAUUUACUUCAAGACCAUCGGCGAUAUUAAAAAUAGUAAGAAGGAAGCUGCCGACACGAAGAACGAGGAUAGGAUCUCUAUCAGCAGCGAGGAGCUGGUAGAAUGGGAUGUGAACACCGUGUCCGAUUUCAUCACCAAUCAACUUCUGGAGGACAGGUUCAAGGACGUUCUGGAUGCCAUGGAUAAUUCGGGACAGGAGUCUAACGAGGUUGGUUCCGUCACUUGGUUCAACAUUGAUUUGUCCAAGCUUGAUUUGAACGAGGACACCGCCGUUGAUGAGCAGAAUAACCAGAAUUUGACGGUGUUCGAGAACGAAGAGGAAAGAAAUAAUAAUUAUGUGAGGAAGGAGUCCGUUAUGGACGAGAACUUGAAGAAUCAAACGAUAUUCGUUGUGGGAGAUGAAAAUAAUGAGAUCGAGAAGUUCUUUGAUUUUCGAAGAACUGUCGGACAACCGGACACUGACGAGGGACGAGUGUUUGAUUGAAUUGUUAGGUUGUACCGUGCCAUGUUUUGUUUUUUCGGGGUGUAUUUAUUAAAAAGGAUUUAAUGUGCAUAAAGUUAUGUUGGGUUGUUGAUAUUUAAUGACAUAAAAGGAUAGAAUGACACUUGUGAAAUGUCAGGUUAAAUGAUCUAAACGUUUUAAUGAUCUUCAUACAAAAUGCUAGUCAUAGUAAGGAUAAUUUUAAAGAUAACUUCGAGAUACAAAAUGGCGGUAUGCUAGUCAUAGUAAAGAUAAUUUUAAAGAUAACUUCGAGAUGUAGUUUAUUAUAAUUUUAUGAGAUAAAAAUAUUGCUAAAUGACAUUUGUAGCAUAUUAAUUUAAAGUUU